AUUUGUUCUGCAACGACGGCAGUCCUCUUACUCUCCCUCGAUACCUAUAAUUUGCCAUCCUGCCGCGCUCAAAGUCCUCGCCUUCCCCUCCACCGUCCAAGCAGGAUUCUGCUCAUGGUGACCCAUCACGAAGGGGGCUCGCCAAUGGACGGUCCCAUCGUCGUAGGUUUAGUUCGCACAUACCCAUAACACCAAUAGAGACGUCUGCGAACCCUGGGUGGAGUACGAGCUACCAGGCAGGGUCAUCCAGCUCAGCUUCAGCGCCAAGUUCGGACGACGACGAUAGUGACAACCAAGGGAAUGCAGACCAACAAAAUGCCUUGCCAGACUCCACAAUGCGUUCUCGGGAUAUGCUCACCAAGACGACGUCGGUCGCUCGUCGGCCACCAAGUCCCGUCCAAGUUCCAUCCAGCUCGGAGGGAUCUACCAGGGAUGGCAGGCUAUCUUCUCGGCGACGCUCUUUCACUCGCUCCCGCUCUCCCGCCCCCGUUACGAUAAAUGACUACGGACUUCCCCCUCGGACGCCCUCCCCCUCGUCUUUCUUCCGAACGAAACCGGCGACGGCCCCUUCUCGCUAUCAUGUUUUACCAGGACAGCUCUCCCUGAGCCUUCGCCUUACACCCUUUCCAGUCACGGCAAAAUUCUCCAUAGAUACCAAGUACGCAGCUGAAUCGUGCUUAUUGCUCGGUGCCCUCGUAUACGCAGCCGCAAAAAUAUCCAUCUUCGGCUCUCCCGGGUCGCCUGACGAAUGGUUGUCGAUAGAACUCAUCCUAAUUAUUAUCGCAUCAUUUAUCUAUAUACUACUUUCCCACCUAUCCUUCCCGUCCAACUCAUCACACGGAACGAAACCUGCACUGACAAAGCAACUGCCGCAUCGCUCUUCUUCACCACGCUUCUUCGAAAAUAAGGACCCAAAGCGACCCUCGUCCCAUCCCGUCGUGACUAGCAUGGAGAAUUUUGGAUUCGUAUGGAUGACCGUGCCCAAAAAUUACAGGAACUCGUCGGAUGACGGCAUACUGUCCGGGCUCCUCCUUGGCCCGCUCGUCUCAUCGGGGCUUCUGUAUAUCGCCCUCAAUACUUACUCCAAGUCACCGAAUGCCGACAUCCUCAAUGCGUCCUGGUACAUCGAACCUCCUUUGUCCUUGCCAAAUUUUGGUAACCCGUACACGCCUCUCGAAGCCUUGAUUCUAUCGCGUCGGGGCGCUGUCGACCUCGCGACGUUGUGCUCCGUCAUAUUGCUCACCCACGUUUGCGCGUCCAAGUGGUUUGAGAGCCGGUGUCGACGCCGAGAGUCCACCGCAGAAGGAGAGAGGGCUUCGGUUCCGAGGAGUGAGGCUCGCAAAUUCCGGCUUUACGUCUUUAUGACGUCGAUUGUUUGCUGCAGUCUACUCGUUCAACGAGCGGUAUUCCAGCAGGCUCAGAUUGGCAUCUGGCAAAACAUGUCCUACUGGGACAUUGCUUCGAGCUCUGUGUUUUACCAGAUGACGUUGUACAUUGCCAUUCGACUCGCACAUAGAGGCUUCACCCUCGGAGAGCUGGGCAUAGUCGCUUUCGGUGCGACUGCGCUGUUUAUGGAACUUGUCAGCCUGACCGUAGCAAGGAUAUGGCCCGUCACCACUCCCUACCUCCGAACAUACCGACUUCCGACGCCUCUACUACUAUAUCAGAUCGCAUUAAUCCCCGGUUCACUCUUGACCGGAUUUCUGCUUUCACCCCUCCUCGUCCUCUCCCGCCAAAUCGCCCAACGUCCCGUACGGAGACUCAAGUUCCCGAAAGAAAAACAAGCUCACCGACGAUUGUUGGCCGCCGGGUUCUAUUCCGGCGCCGUACUUAUCAUAGGGGGCCUUAUCGGGAUGUGGACGCGUUGGUGUCUACGCAGUAGGGACCCAUGGUUAUGGGUGGUAUACUGGCUCUUCGAAGGGAGGACGAAAUGGACGCGACCGGCGUUGCUUGCGUAUUGGGCCACCCUGGCGAGCUUGAGCGUGGCAGGAUGGAAUCGUCAGCUCGCGCGGUCGCGUCGCUAUCGCCCGAAACCCGCCACGACGAGCGACGCGCUGCUCUCGACUCAGCCCGCAGACGGAGCAAGCACCGCGACGAGCGAGACCAGCACAACACCAACGCCCCUGUCGAGCACAUCGCCCAUGAACCUCAACUUCGCCUCGGUGACGAUGCCCCACCUGCCUAAUUUUCCCAACGGUGCGAACCUGGGAGCAGCGUUAGACGCAGCAGACAAACGUGUGCCCACUUUGGGUCUGAAUGCCCGCCGAAAGUUCUUCCAUGCGUUGGCGGUGGUGAUGUUCCUUCCAGGUGUGGCCGCCGAUCCUGCCUUUGCGCAUCUCUCGUUCAGCGCGGCGUUCGCGUUGUUCACGUUCGCGGAAUACGUGCGAUACUUCGCGCUGUAUCCGUUCGGGGCCUCCGUCCAUCUGUUCAUGAACGAGUUCCUGGACCACAAGGACAGCGGGACGGCGAUCCUGAGUCAUUUCUACUUGCUCACGGGCUGUGCGGGCUCGGUGUGGUUUGAGGGACCGACGAGACUUCUUUAUUACACGGGGAUACUCGCCGUUGGGGUUGGUGACGCAGUGGCCUCUGUCGUGGGCAAAAAGCUCGGGAAACACCGGUGGUCGCCGACGACGUCGAAGACGGUCGAGGGGAGCGCUGCGUUUACGCUUUCGGUGGUGGGGUUCGCAUGGAUGCUGCGGGUGUUAGGAUUGACGGAGGACUUCUCGGUUGUGCGAUACGGAAUGAUGGUGGGAUUAUCGUCUGUGCUGGAGGCGUUGUCGGUACAGAACGACAAUUUGACGCUUCCGGUGUACAUGUGGAGUCUACUUGCGCUAGGGGACGUGUAGAAAGGGACAUGAUUAACUUUAAUGAAUGUGAUAUAUUAC